CCGGCCGGUAAUAAAAAACCGCCUCCGAGCGGUCGGUAGACUCGAGUACGAACGCGUUUAAAUUAUACUGGCACGUCGAUUGAAAGACAUCGAAGGAAGGCAUAACGGUCUCAACAUGGCUCCUGUGAAUGGUGGAAGUAUUUUGAAAUUCGCCAAAAUAUCAGAUAAAGCUUUCGCACCUACGAAAGGUUCAGCUUUAGCGGCUGGAUACGACUUACGAAGCGCUUAUGAGUGCGUUAUACCGGCUCGAGACAGAGGUUUGGUGAAAACGGAUAUACAAGUGCAACUUCCACCUGGUACUUAUGGCAGAAUAGCUCCAAGGUCUGGUUUAGCAUUGAAAAAUUUCAUAGAUGUUGGUGCGGGCGUCAUCGAUGCGGACUAUCGCGAAGAAAACGUAUGGAAGCUGUGCCAGGACGUCGCUACCAAACACGGAUCGGAAUUGCAACAUUGUCACGUUGCCUUUAUAAGCAAUUCUCGACGUAGCGUUCCGCUUUGGCGUCAACGAGCUGGAAAAGACGAGGACAAGCUCGUAGUUUGGGAUUAUCACGUUAUCCUCAUUUACGCGCCCGACGAGAGAGCCGUGGUUUACGAUUUGGAUAGCGCUUUACCGUUCCCAACGCAUUUUUGGAAAUACGCUACGGAGACGUUCAGAUCGGACGAGGCCCUGCGACCGGAAUAUCACAGAAGAUUCCGAUUGGUUCCCGCCAGUCUCUAUUUGCAACAGUUUGCCUCGAAUCGGCAACACAUGAAACGCGAGGACGGCACGUGGAUCAAAACGCCGCCCGAUUAUCCUCCGAUUUCAACGCCAACGUGCAAAGACAAUUUGGAUUCGUUUAUCAACAUGGACCCGAGUACCGGAUUAGGAACCGUCAUGAGCCUGAAACAGCUAGUGAACAGAUUCUAUAGGCCGAACGUUAACACACCGGCAUCGCCCUCACCUCAGACGCAAGCAACUCCGACUUAAAAACGAACGACCUCGAGAACGAGUACUUACGCGUGCUCGAAGCCUUUUGCUUCCCUUGAAAAAAAAAAAAAAAAGAAAGAAAGAAAGAAGGAAAAAGAAAAGAAAAGGAAAAAAAAAUUUACAAAAUCAUUAUUAUAUCGUGUGGCCUAAGAGAGAGAGAAUCGAUAGGUGCUCGUCGUAUGUCGUAUCUACGACUCUCCUCCCGUCGAGGGGUUCGAUACACCUUUCGAGAUACAUACCCACAAGCGUCUCGUUGUACAUAGGUCGCGCGUCUUGUCUUCUUGUGUCCUCUUCUCGUGUGGCAACGCACACGAGCAGAAAAGUAUAUAUAACAGCGAAACGAGUCGAGUCGCGAUACGAGUUCUCGUAGUUCGCGAUGAUCCUAUCGGAUAUUCGUUCGCUUUGUUAAACAUAUCGAGGAACGUACGAAAUACGCGCAAGGUAAGAUAUUUUUUAUUUUAUUCCGUUAGUAAUAUAAUAAUAAUAAUAAUAAUAAUGAUGAUAAUGAUAAUGAUAAUAACGAUCACGCGGAGGAUCCUCGUUGGUUCUCUGCGUUCGUUAAAAGUACGACGGGACACUUUUCUUUUCUAUCCACGUGUUUCUGUCCUUCACGGAAAAUCAAAAUACGAGGUCGCCGUUGCUCGAAAAAAAAAGGAAAAGAAAAAGAAGAAGAAGGUAAUUUGGUGGCUCCUUUAUACGCACACAUUUGUCAGUGAUUUAUUCGUCGGUAAGUACUACGACCAUCGUAUAUUUUAGGAAGGAUUCUUCGUAACGUUUCUCUACUCUUUUUCGAGGGUAUAUUUUCAUCUUUCUCUUUCUAAAUAUUUCUACUCGAGCCUUCUACCCCGUUCUCUAUCGCGCACAAUGUUACGACAUUUGACCACGCAUCAAAAACUUGAGUCGCCUUUUAUAAGUGUUCUCGUCUACGGAAAAAAGAGGAAAAAUAAAAACGUUUGAUGAUUAUACACACGCGCGCACGCGUGUAUAUUUAUAUAUAUAUAUAUAUAAAUAUACAAACACAGAGAGACAUAUAUAUAUAUAUAUAUAUAUGGGUGCGCGUGUAUGUAUAAAAGACGAUCUUUCUCACUCAGCUUUACUCUUUAUCAGUGGUAUUAUUAUAAUUAUUGUGUCAAAGACUGAUGUAUUUACGGGAGAAUCCCAAACACGAAGAAAAUCCCUUUGGUGAUAUUCGUUGGCGCGUGUUCGUUGCACGAACGCGAUUAAAGCGCUUAUAAUUAAUGUGUGAUCGAUAAUGUAAGAAGCAACGUCUUACUCUCUUGCGAGAUAAUUGUAAUUAUAAACGAUUAUUAUAAUCCUUGUGAUACUUUACACUUUCUACUUUGAAUACUUACGCUGUACUUAUCUACCGUCGUUUGUACUAUAUGCCAGAGAUUCUUAAAAUUCUUACGAACCAUGCGUUUGCUCGUCGAUGAAGAUUAACCCGGCAUGAUAUCGAAUAUAUAUAUAUCGAGUAAUCGGCAGAAACAAAAAAAAAAGAGAGAGAGAGAGAAGCACCCCGUUCGAAUCAACGAAUUUAUAAAUUUUUAUUUUCGAAGCGACGCAAAUUAUUCCCGAACAACGAAGGAACUUUAAACAAAUAUCUAUAUAUCUCGUUCCGCGUUAAUCGUUAAAUCGAUUCGAUUCAUUCGAACUUUUUUUCUUUUUGCGAUCAUUAGAAUCCAAUUAGAAUCUAAAAAUGUUGCCAUGAUUUCAUCGCGAAGACGUCGCUUAUCUCUAUGUAAGUAGAUACAUGGAUAUAAAUAAUCCGGAAGAACUUCAUCGGCGAACGGCGGAUUAGGAAAGAGUAUUCAUUUUCUCGUGUAUAACGUUCGCGAGUCGACAACCUCGAGAGAGUUCGUCCACUCUUUGCCUUCCAAAAAUUCUUACUCGCUCGCUUUAUUCUCCUUCAUCUCGACAAUGUCUUUGAUCUCUUCGACUCUUUUACAUUACAUAUAUACAUAUAUAUAUAUCAUGUUACACUACGACCAAACGAGCAGGAAAAAAAUAUAUCCUGCUUAUCGAAGCGUAUUUUCGAUGUAGUCAAAGGGUAUUUGCGAUAAAAAAAAAAAGAAAAAAAAAACAACAACAAAAAAAAACAAAAAGUAAAAAAAAACACAACAAAAAAAGGUCAUUCCUUUUCUCUUCUUCUUGUUAAUACAUACCAAAAGAAUUUAUUGCCUUUAUACGAAAUGUCGGGCACCGUGUUACGCACUUCGGUGAUGUAGUACCGAGCUCUUUAUAUACAUUAUAAUAAAAUUGUUACACUUGUCGAGACAAACAAGAUGAAAAUACAGAAAAAAGA